UAAGACAGCACAAUUCUAUUGUCAAAUAUUUUAUUUAUAUUCAAAUAUACAAAAGGAUGGUGUAUAAAUCAUAAAUGAUCACCGAUCGAGAACAAAGAAAGAGAUCAUAGAUAACAUAUUAGAGGCAAAAUGGAGAAUGAAAUCUGCAACUUGAUAAAGGUAUGGUUCUCAGUCUUUGCUUCUGUAUGCUAUUGCUAUGCUAUUGGGAAGGUAGUUCCGAAAGGAACUCGAAGACUUAUCUUUUUGCUCCCAAUCGUUUGCCUCUUUCUUUACCUUCCUCUUCAUCUAUUCGCCAUUCAUUUCAGAGGCCCCACAGCUUUUUUCAUUGCCUGGCUUGCAAAUUUCAAGCUUCUACUCUUUGCUUUCGGCAAAGGCCCUUUGUCUUCAGAUAAUCCAUCCAUCUCUCUGCCACAUUUUGUGGCUGUAGCUUGUCUACCCAUCAAGAUCCAACACAACGUUAAUGACUCAUCUCCAAAAUCACAUAUACAUUCCCAGAAGCUUGAAGAUGGUAAGAGAUCAUCUCCAAAUUAUGGGGUCAAGACUUUGCUUUUGGCUAUAUUGGUGAAUGUUCAUAAUUAUAGUGACUAUAUCCAUCCGAAGGUCGUUUCCUUGCUUUAUAUCAUGUACUUGUAUAUCCAACUUGAAUUAUUACUAGCCAUAGCAGCAACCAUGGCUAAAGUGUUGUUAGGACAAGAGUUAGAGCCACAGUUCAAUGAGCCCUACCUCUCCACUUCAUUACAAGACUUCUGGGGUAGAAGAUGGAACCUCAUGGUUUCAAGUAUCCUUCGACUUGCCGUUUAUGAGCCCACCGGCAACAUAGCCUCUGGUCUUGUGGGCAGAAAAUGGGCUCGAAUUCCAGCAGUCAUGGGGACAUUUUUUGUCUCGGGUAUCAUGCACGAGCUCAUGUUCUUUUACCUAGGGCGUGACAAGCUCACAAUGGAGUUGACUUGCUUCUUUCUCCUCCAUGGACUGUGUCUAAUAGUUGAGGGUGUUUUGAAGAAGCGUUUUGGCGGCAGGUGGAAGUUGCCGACGGUGAUUUCUGGGCUGCUGACUACUGGGUUCGUGAUGUUGACGGGGUAUUGGUUGUUUUUACCGUCAAUGUAUAGCUGCAAGGUUUUUGAAAAGGCAUCUGCUGAGUAUGCCCAGUUAGUCACAUUCAUAGAAAAUACAAUUAUUCAUCGUCAUUAGAAUUUGUUUGGUUCAUAUAAUAUUGUUUUUAGGUUUUGCUUUGGAUUAGAAAAUUAAUCAUUGGCACAUGCAGGCUGGUACUUCAAGGUUUGGAAGUUUUUUAUUUUAUUUUAUUUAGAUUAAAGAAAUAAUGGGCCAUCUACAGUGGCGGAGCCAGAGUUUUUAAGAUGAGGGGGCAAAUUAAUAACAAAUACUA